UAUUCAACAAUUAAGAAGAAAACAUGGAGCUAAAUAUUAUGACACAAACUCUACGACAUCUCUUUGUGCUUCUUACCGCUUUAAUCUCUUCAUCAGUUUCAAAUCCACUAGCUGAUAAUUUUCUUCAGUGCCUCUCUCAAGAUCCAAAUGUCACAACCACAAAUUUUGUGUUCACCCAAAAUGACUCAGAAUAUUCAUUCAUUCUUGAGUCAACCAUCGCAAACCUUAAGUAUUCCACACCUACAACUCCGAAACCAUUGGCUGUAAUCACACCCUUAACAUAUUCCCAUGUACAAUCUACAAUACUUUGUUCCAAACAUCUAAAAUUUCAAAUCCGAAUCCGAAGUGGUGGACAUGAUAGCGAAGGCCUUUCAUACACUUCAAGUUACCAAUCCCCUUUUGUUGUUCUUGACCUAAGAGAACUGCGGUCGGUAAUCAUAGAGUCGGGUCAGAACACUGCAUGGGUCGAGACUGGUGCAACCCUUGGUGAACUUUAUUACUGGGUGUCUCAAGAAAGUCCAAAUCUUGGAUUUGCGGCAGGGACCUGCCCAACCGUUGGUGCUGGUGGUCAUAUAAGUGGAGGGGGAUUUGGUAAUAUGAUGAGAAAGUAUGGUCUAGCAGCCGAUAAUGUUAUCGAUGCUAGGAUUGUUGAUGCUAAUGGGAAAAUUCUUGAUCGAAAAUCUAUGGGGGAAGAUCUAUUUUGGGCAAUUAGAGGGGGUGGGGGUGGAAGUUUUGGUGUUGUAGUCGCUUGGAAAGUGAAUCUUGUUUAUGUUCCUGAUAAAGUUACGGUUUUUAGCCUUACCAAGACAAUAGAAGAAGGUGGGUCGAGUCUUUUUAACAAGUGGCAGUACGUUUCACACAAUGUAAGUCGAGAUUUAUUCAUAAGAGUUGAAAUACAACCUGCUUUAAAUGAGUCAGGAAACAAAACAAUUCAAGUGAUGUUCAGCUCGAUGUUUCUUGGAAAUGUGGAUCAACUCAUGGAAACCAUAACAGAUGGCUUCCCUGAGUUGGGUUUACAGGAAAAAGACUGCAGUGAAAUGAGUUGGAUCGAAACGGUACUUUAUUUUGAUGAUUAUACAGUUGGGAGAAGCGUUGAUGUUCUUAAAGAAAGAAACACCGUCGACAAAAGCUACGGCAUUAAUAAAUCAGAUUAUGUGAAAGAACCAAUACCAGAAGAAAAGCUGGAAGAGAUAUGGAAAUGGUGUUUGGAGGGAGACUGGCCGGUUCUUGUAAUGGAACCGCAAGGUGGAAAGAUGCACGAGAUUGAUGACACGAUAAUUGCUUACCCUUAUCGAAAAGGGUAUUUGUAUAACGUACAAUAUAGAGAGAAAUGGGAAGAUGACAGCUUUGAAUCAUCCGAAAAGCGUAUAAGUUGGAUGAGAAAGAUGUAUGAAAAUAUGGCACCAUAUGUGGCAAAGAAUCCAAGAGCAGCUUAUGUGAAUUUCCGGGAUUUGGAUUUAGGUGAAAAUGAUGUAGAUAACACAAGUUACUUGAAUGCUUUGAAGUGGGGAAGCAAGUAUUUUGGUGACAAUUUUAGGAGGUUGGCUAUGGUGAAAGGUGUUGUUGAUCCAGAUAAUUUCUUCUUUUUUGAGCAGAGUAUCCCCCCUUUGAUAACGUGUGAAGAGAAAAGUGACAUUGGAUCAUGCUAAAGGUUGUGAUUUGGCGUGUUGCUAGAUCAUGGGUCUUAUAAGUAUUAAAUUGUUGUUUUUUAACGUUUGAUGAAAAAGUUGUUUGAUGAUUAAUUAGCUAGAUUGGUUUUGUAACGUAAAAUGUUUUGUAACUAGUUGGACACCCAUCGCGUUGCGGCGGCUCAAACGGUGUAUCUUGCUUGAUUAUAUAAUUUGACA